CUCGAUGGGUGUAAUAAAUAUAAUAAUAAUAAUAAUAAUAAAAGAACUAUAUCACGGGAUACGUUAAAGGUAUUGAAAGAACGAUAUUUGAAAUGGGCCAUGCUUAAAACAAAACCAUUGUCGUUCAAGAAAAGUAUAUUAAAGAGUACCAAAAUAUCGGCGGUAAAAAACACAAAAAAUUUGAGUGGCUUGAAGUCUGAUUCUACCUUCAAAAAAAUUAGAUCGGAAGCUCUUGCUUUGAUUUGUUACAACUGCAACUAGCCCAUCCUGACUUCAUACAAGAAGUAUCAUAUUUCCCUUUAAUAUUAAAUUAUUUAGCAUGGAGCAAGUAACCUUAUGGAGAAGCAAAUUGAUAGUGACCUUCCGUAGAGUAAGAUUGGGUGAGACGGCGCGGCGGUUGAGAUGGCGCACUUCUAUAUUUUCGUUAGCAAACAACAGAUGACAGGUGGCUGCUGUGUGUUUUGUCGAAUUUCAAAAAUGCCAACUCGUUACAAACGAAAGGGGAGUUGUACAAGAGCAGAAUGCUCCGAAGAACAAUUAGUUUUGGCCAUAGAAUCUUUAAGAAACGGGACCAUCGGGGUUAACGAAGCUGACAGACAGUUUAGAAUACCUUGCACUACAUUAAGAAGAAGACGAAAAUCAGGGAAUGUUGUGAAGCGAGGCUUGGGACCGUCCGCGUUUUUUCGUGAAGAAAACGAGCGAAAAAUGGUUGUCCACAUCAAAAAGUUACAGAAAAAUGGUUUUGCACCGACAAGAACAACUGUACGCGAAAUGGCUUUUCGACUUGCAGAACAACUUGGCUUACGACACAAAUUCAACCAGCAAACUGGAAAAGCCGGUUCUGACUGGCUGAGAUCUUUUUUACAACGCAAUCACGAUUUAUCCGUUCGUAAAUCAGAGGGAGUUUCAUUAGCAAGGGCACGAGGAAUGAAUAGAAAAGAUGUUGGUGAUUAUUUUGAAUUGUUGGAAAACACUUUACGAGAAAACAACCUACUAGAUAAACCAGGAAGUAUUUUCAACAAGGACGAGACAGGAUUACAGCUAAACAAUAGACCGGGUUGUUAUUGCUGAAAAAGGCUCGAAAAAUGUAGCGGCCGUAACAUCUGGCGAGAAGGGGGAGACAAUAACACUAAUAUCAUGUUGCAAUGCUGAAGGCACAUUUAUUCCCCCAGCAUGCAUUUUUAAGGGUAAAAAUAAGAAAAGAGAGUAUGAAGAUGGCAUGCCUCCCGGCUCAGUAGUGUAUAUGUCACAAAAAUCAGCUUACGUCAAUGUUACAAUUUUUUUAGACUGGUUGCAGAAUCACUUCAUGCAAC